GCGCGUGAUGUCAAGCGUCUGUCCCCGCUCGGCUCGGCUCGGCUCCCCACCUCCUCCUCCUCAAAUAUUCUCGCCUGCCUCCUCAACCAUCUCAUUCCUUCCUUCCGCGACCUUCCUCCCCACCCCCUCUCCUCGCCUCCCCCGCACGCACGCACAAACGCACACUUGCACCUUGCAAGAAACAGCUAGCUCUGGCACGAGAAAAAACUGAAGUGGCGGCUGCAUAGUACGUAGUCGAUCUUCUAGCCCGCGUGUAUGAUGGCCAAGGAGUACGUCCACCUGGAUGACGCCGGCCUGGCGCUGGGCCUGUCCCUCGGCCGCGGCGGCGGCGGCGGCGCGUCUGAGGCGGCGCACCACAGUACUAGAGGUCAGCUGUCAUCGCCGCGCCCGCUGGAGCCGUCGCUGACGCUGAGCAUGCCGGACGAGGCGACCGGGACCGGGACCGGGACCGCGUCCGGCGGCGGCGGCGGGGGCGGCGCGCACAGCGUGUCCUCGCUGUCGGUGGCGGGCGUGAAGAGGGAGCGCGUGGAGGACGCGGAGGCCGAGCGGGCGUCGUCGACGGCCGCGGCGCGGGCCGGCGCCGGCGCCGACGACGACGACGACGGGAGCACACGGAAGAAGCUGAGGCUGACCAAGGAGCAAUCCGCCCUCCUCGAGGACCGCUUCAAGGAGCACAGCACCCUCAACCCGAAGCAGAAAGUCGCUUUGGCCAAGCAACUGAACCUCAGGCCACGGCAGGUCGAGGUGUGGUUCCAAAACAGACGAGCAAGCCGCGCGCGCAGGACGAAGCUGAAGCAGACGGAGGUGGACUGCGAGUUCCUGAAGCGCUGCUGCGAGACGCUGACCGAGGAGAACCGCCGCCUGCAGCGCGAGCUGCAGGAGCUUCGCGCCCUCAAGUUCGCCCCGCCGCCGUCCACGACGGCCCCCGCCGCGGCCGUGACGGCGGCGCCGUUUUACAUGCAGCUGCCGGCCGCCACGCUCACCCUCUGCCCGUCCUGCGAGCGCCUGGGCGGCCCCGCCACCGCCGCCGCCAAGGCCGACCCCGACAGGCCCAAGGCCGGCCCUGGCCCCGGCCGGACCACCCACCACUUCUUCAACCCCUUCACCCACUCCGCCGCCUGCUGAUCAUCAUCAGCAGCAAGCAGAGCAACACCAUAGCUAAAAUACCACUCCACCUCACGUACGUCGCAAGUAACACAUGAUCCUCUUCUAGCUAUUUCUUGAUCUGGGGGGUUGGUUAUUUCCAUCAGCUAAUCGAUCAAUCAUAGGCUCGAUAGGGUAGUCAAAUAGCCGUAGCUAGCACUCCUACUCAACCCAUCCAUCCAUGUAUAUUUUUGCGCAUGCAUUUAGAUGUAACCGUGUCCCUCCCUGCUCUCCUCUCAGUGGACUAGUUCUUUCAUUUUAUCUGUGUCCACAGGCUAAUUAUCAGAUGGGAAGUAAGUAGUACUCAUUAGUACAUAUCAUUAGAACUGGCUGCUUCUAGUCUGCUACUGAUGAAUACUUAGCGUCAGACACAGUGUUGGGUGAUGGAUGACAUGACAUGAGAGAGCUAGAGGAGCCUCUGCCGGCCUGCUGUUGGCUUGGCCCUGCUUCCAGGUGUACAUGUGUAUACUUUUUUAUAUGCAUAUGCGUUUCAAUGA